AUGUCAAAUCCAACUGAAAUCCUGAUUGAGAAACUUGAGCUCAAACUUCUCCUUCGCGAAAGAGUAUUUAUAAAAUGGGAAGAUGAAUCGGGUACACCUUGGACGCUGGGCUCUCGUCCAAAUCGCAAUAAGCAGAAUCUCAAAUUUUUCAUUGCUGUAUAUUAUGAUAUGGAAGGAUACAUUCAUAUACACUUUUCCAUUACGGUAUCUGUCAUAAUUGCAGGCAGAAAGCGGAAAAUGGAGAUGUUAUUCGUUGUUCCUCCAGAUGCCGACUUCGCAAAUACUUCUAAGCCUCGUUUAAUAUCGGAUAUCGAUGAUUUAUCUCGCCUCGAUGCUUCUGCUAUUCACGAGGCCGAAAUUAGCCAUUCAGUACAUGUUAUCUGUAUACAAUUCAAUUUAAUUGCGAAAGGGUUCGUCGUCAUAAAGAAGAAGAAGAGUAAUACAACUCUUAAGCCCUGGGGCAUCAUCUCAAAGAAUUUGAUUUGUGGCCUUGAAUCUCUAUCUAACACGAAAACAUUCACUGUAUAUAUCAAGCCAAAUGAUUAUGCAUUGGUGGGCUUGGAAGACCUCCGCAAUCGCGUGAGCAACACCAGUACUCCUAUCGACACACACAAACCCAAUAUGAAGGAAAUAUACAUUCAACAAGCACCCGAAUUAAUGGAAUGGAGUAGACAUGACUCAGUAUCACUACCACCACCAUAUAUCGAGAAUCCUCAGCCAUGUUCGGAAGUACAGGUUCCCCGAUCGCCACCAAUCACUUUCGAAAAGGAAAAGCCAUUAUUCAAUGCUAACGAAGCAGCAAUCGCAGAAACACCCCCUCAGCUAGUUCCGGAAGUACAAGUUUCUCAGCCAUCAGCGAUCAUUUUCGAACAGGGAACGCGAUCAAACGAUACUAUCCAAACAGCGAUUGCAGAAACACUAGCUCGAACUUCAACCAGCCCUAACUCUUCAUCGGUACAUGGCGUUUUCUCUCCUAGCCGUGAAGAGUUGUCAGAUGGUGAAGUGAGCUUGAACGAUAUCGGAGAGGAUCCGAGGUGUACCCGAAUUGACUUGGAUAUAGAUUCGGAUGAGGAACAGCUUGCUAAUCUCAAUUCUCGAGAACUCGAUCAUGAUUCAAGCAUAUCACAAAUGCUUAACUCGAAGUUGUUGAAAUGGAUACAAACAGUAAUACGGAUAAAUCCAAACGUUCACGAACACAAACGCUUGACUACCAAGUUGUCAAUUCUGGGCAAUUGCAUCCGUAUAUCAAAUGUUAGCAUAUUUGAUGCUACUUUACUCUGGUGCUCUGCACUCUUUUUCUACGACCCGCUCGAUUCUGAUCCUGACAACACUCUCGGAUUAUGGGAGGAGAGAAAUUCAUGGCUCAUUUCAGAUAUAGCCAGAUUAAUUCAAUGGGCUAAUGGAAUGCACCAUAACGUCGAGACAAAUUCGUCAUUUUUGAAGCAUUUUAUAAAGCUGGGUGAUACUGCUCGUAAUGUUGCUCUGACUAUUAGAUGCAAUAAUGACAAGUACUAUGAUCAGAAAAGUGUAUGCAUUGUUUCUAUAUUAGCGGAAUUUAGCGACUCAGGUGGUGAUGGUAGUGGUAUCGGCAAAGAGAGCAAAUCCGCUUCUCGAAAAAGCUUGUGGACUGAAAGCAAUGCGUCUAAACGAGUAAAAAUGUAA